CUGGUGUAGAGGCCGCCCUGGGCUUCUGAAGAAGAAGCACCAUGGCGUAAACAUGCCCGGUGUCACAUUAUUAAACUGAAAUAAGUAAAUAACCUGAACUAAAUCUUACAAGGGACAUGACAGACUGUCCGUACAGCUGAAAUCCCCGCUGCUGUUUAUUCGCUUCAUCGGGAGACAGAAAGAUGAAUGUUUUAGUGCGUAUGAAAGGUCUGGGAGGACAUCUAAGGAGGUCAUACUCCACCAAGUUCUCCUCUAAAAAUGUUCGCCAGACAUUUAUAGAUUUUUUUGAACAGAAACACCAACAUCUGUAUGUCCCCUCGUCCCCCGUCCGACCGCGGGGGGACCCCAGCCUCCUGUUCGUUAACGCCGGGAUGAACCAGUUCAAGCCUAUCCUGCUGGGGGCCGUGGACCCUCGCAGUGAGAUGGCCCGCUACCGGCGGGUGGUCAACAGUCAGAAGUGUGUCCGGGCCGGCGGGAAGCACAACGACCUGGACGACGUGGGGCGGGACAUCUACCACCACACCUUCUUCGAGAUGAUGGGGAGCUGGUCCUUCGGCGACUACUUCAAGGAGGAGGCAUGUGCCAUGGCCUGGAGUCUGCUCACCGAGCAUUAUGGUAUGUCUCCUGACCGCCUCUACGUUUCCUACUUCUCUGGAGACGCAGCGAGUGGACUGCCUGCGGACGAAGAGACAAGACACAUCUGGCUUGACAUUGGGGUGCAAAAGGAUCGCAUUCUCCCGUUCGGUCUGCAGGAGAACUUCUGGGAGAUGGGGGACACGGGGCCCUGCGGCCCCUGCUCGGAGAUCCACUACGACCACCUGGGGGGCCGAGACGCCAGCCCUCUGGUCAACACAGGCAGCCCCGAGGUGGUGGAGCUCUGGAACCUGGUGUUCAUGCAGUACAACAGGGAGGCGGACGGCAGCUUGCGGCCCCUCCCCCAGCAGAGCGUGGACACUGGCCUGGGUCUGGAGCGCCUGCUAGCCGUGCUGCAGGACAAGCGCUCCAACUAUGACACCGACCUCUUCAGCCCCCUGCUGGACCACAUCCACCAGGUGUCCCGCUGCGGGCCGUACGGAGGCCGCGUGGCCCCGGGGUUGGAGGGCCGCGUGGACAUGGCGUACCGCGUGGUCGCCGACCACGUCCGCACCCUCGCCGUUUGCAUCGCCGACGGAGUCUCCCCCGGCAUGUCGGGACCCGAGCUUGUUUUGAGGAGGAUUCUGAGGCGAGCGGUCCGGUUCUCCACCGAGGUCCUCCAGGCUCCCCAGGGAGCUCUGGGGAGCCUGGUGCCCACCGUGGUCCAGGUGCUGGGUGAUGCCUACCCAGAGCUUCACAGACACCAGGAACAGAUCGUGUCAAUCAUUGACGAUAAUGAGGACCAGUUCUUGAGCUCUCUGCAGCAGGGAGUCAGGAUCAUCAACAAGACCGCACCGUUAUCUAGCAACCACAACAGCCAACCCCUGUUCCCAGCCCCGGUGGCCUGGUCUCUGCAUAGGAACCUGGGCUUCCCCCUGGACCUGCUGCAGCUCAUCCUGGAGGAGAGGGGGCUGCAGGUGGACCAGGUUCUGCUGGACCAGCUGCUGGCCAGAAACCACAAGCGUGGCUCAGAACCAGCCGUGGCGUCAGAAAGUGAGACCCAUCUGGACGUCCACACCCUGGCGUCGCUCAAGCAGCAGGGAAUCAAACACACCGACCAGAGUCCAAAGUACCAGUACAACCUGCACAACGGCCGAUAUGUUUUCCCAGAAUGCACUGCGGCGGUGAAGGCGCUGUUCGUCGGUCAGCAGCAGGUGUCGGAGGUGGCGCCUGGGCAGCGCUGCCUGGUCCUAUUGGACCGGACCAGUUUCUACGCCGAGCAGGGUGGACAGUCACAUGACCAGGGCUACCUCUCCAGGCACGACUCACCGGAUGUGCUGUACCCGGUAGAGGAAGUGGCCGUGGCCGGUGGCUAUGUUCUCCACCUGGUUCCAGCUGCAUACGCACUGAAGGUUGGAGACCUGCUCCACCUCCACCUGGACCAGGCCCAGAGGCUGUCCUGCAUGGCGAAGCACACGGCGACCCACCUCCUCAGCUGGGCCCUGCGCUCCGUCCUGGGGCCCAACACGCAGCAGAGGGGCUCCCACGUGGGCCCCAAGCGCCUGCGCUUCGACUUCAGCAUCAAGGGUUCCCUGAGCACCACUCAGCUGCAGGAGGUGCAGCGGCUGGUGGAGGAGGCGAUUGUGGCCGACCAGGAGGUCUAUUCUCGAGAGGUUCCCCUGAGGAACGCCAGGACCAUCCCUGGCCUCCGGACCGUGGACGAGGUGUAUCCCGACCCAGUGCGGGUGGUGUCGGUGGGGGUGCCGGUCGCAGAGCUUCUGGACGGCCACACAGAAGGACACCACUCUGUGGAGCUAUGCUGUGGAACACACCUGCUGCGGACCGGGGCGAUCGAGGACCUGGUGGUGGUCUCAGAGCGCCAGAUGAUGAAGGGCGUCAGCAGAGUCGUCGCACUUACCGGGGAACCAGCCAAACAGGCCCGGGACGCUGGCCAGGUCCUGGCUCAGGCUGUAGCGUCCCUCGUCACCAGGACGGCCUCCUUCUCCUCCUCCUCCUCCUCCUCUUCCUCUUCCCGUCGCAAUGACGCCCAGCGCCUCGCCAAGGAGGUCGGACUACUGACCGAUGCUGUGGACUCCACCCCUGUCCCCCAGUGGCAGAGGAGGGAACUGCAGGCUCAACUCCGCAGCCUCCAGAGAACCACCAACACGGCCCUCAGGAAGGUGGAGAGCCAAGAGGCAGCAGUGCGGGCCGAGGGGCUGCUGCAGCAGAAGGGGGAGCAGACGGUGCUGGUGGAGCGAGUAGAGGCUGACAGUCUGUCUGUGCUGAUGAAGACGGUGAACCAGGUGAGCUCCAGGCGUCCCGACAGUCUGGUCAUGCUGCUGUCCCACCAGCAGAGCUCUGGGAAGGUCCUGUGUGCCUGCCAGGUUCCCAAGGGCUACUUGGCGGUGGCAGCGUGUGAUUGGGCCGCGGCCGUGUGCUCACACCUUGGGGGCUCCUCCGGGGGGUCGCAGCUGGUCGCCAAGGGAACGGGAACCAGCGGUGACAUCACAGAGGUGCUGAGGUGGGCGGAGGAGUACGCACACCGUAGCGCUCCACCCAAAGACUCUUAACACUGCUCAACCUGAACAUACCUCCACCUGAAGACUCUUGACACACCUCCACCUGGACAUACCUCCACCUGAAGACUCUUGACACACCUCCACCCAAAACACACCUCCACAGAGCUAUUGAAGUACGACCAGUCUUCUAGGGGUUCUUUUGGGUUCUUGGGACAUUGAGGUCAAUGAGUACUGUGUUUACUCCACCCUGCAGCUUACCAUUUAUUGUUAUUUUUUUGUAAAUAAAAACACGUUUCUGUGUCAACAGUU